AUGGCCCCCAACCGCACAAGGUUCUGCGACUUAUGUGGUCAGGACAUCAAGCCGCGAGGUUGGACUACUCAUCGGAAAGCUUGUGAGACAAAUGCAGACAAGUGGCACCGUGAUCAGGCCAUUGUAGAUGCAAUUCGGCAGGAAAAAGACCAUUUUGAGCCUGAACCUAUGGACGCUUCAGCACCACCCACCUAUUCGCUCGAUGACAUCAAGGUCGAGCAUCACCCAAAUAGUGGCAUCAAGGCGCAAAUCUAUCCCUUCAACAAUUUUCAUCGUCGUCCUGCAACAUCUUCGGCUUACACCACUCCCAAUAACCACCCUUGGCGCCCAUUUCAAUCUCGACUUGAAUUUGAAGUAGCCGAGCUUGCUCUUGAGGUCGGAUUGAACAACGAACAAACAGACCGUCUCAUCAACAUUUGCCAUCAAUGUUCUCUCAGAAAGGAUAGUUUUACGCUGAAGAACCAUAAAGACAUUCACAGCAAGUGGGAAGCAGCGUCCCAUCGGAUCACAAAGUUCACGAAAGAUGUGAUCUCAGUCCCCUACGACGGCAAGAUGCAGGAAUUUGAUGUAUACUACAGAGAUCUUUGGGAUCUCGCUACUGACCUACUUCGGGACCCUAACCUCUUCCCUCACUUCCAGUUCGACGCACAACACUUAUCGAAGUUUGAUGGGCAAACCUUCGUCCGCUUUGUAGAUGAACCUUUCACUGCGGAAGACUUUUGGAAUGUGCAAUCGCAACUACCACAGGAUGCAAAGCCACUAGCUUUCAUCCUAUACGCCGAUAAAACAAGAUUAUCAUCAUUCGGUACUGCGAAAGGAUACCCAGUUGUCGCGCGCUUAGCAAAUCUACCUACUGAUAUUCGGAACGGACGAGGUGUAGGUAGUGGUUACAUUGUAGGAUGGCUGCCAAUUGUGACAGAAGAUAAAGAGCAUUCUGGAAAGUCAAGCUGGGUCAACUUCAAAAAUGCAGUCUGGCACGAGUCAUUCGCGAAAAUCACCUCUUCGUUGGCAUCGAAAUCAAGGACAGGACAAUGGUACCCCUGCCUAGAUGGCAUUGAUCGGUGGUUCUUCCUUUGUCUACUUAUUUUGUCAGCUGAUUAUGAGGAACAGCAAGUACUAUCAUUCUACAUCGUGUUUUUCCUAACGAUAAUUUACAGGUGCGUUAUGUCACUUACUCGAGGGGUCAUGAGCCUUUGGCCAUGUCCUAUCUGUCUCAUUCCUCGAGACGAGCUUUGGGAUACGUCAAAACAAUAUACCCACCGAAUCGCCGACACAUCGCGGGAUAUUGUACUGGCUGCACAGGAAAUGGACACCCAUGAAGAACAAGAAGAGCUUCUCAAACAACAUGGACUUCGUAAUGUUACUAAUUCAUUCUGGGCCAUCCGAUAUUCAGAUGUACAUCGAGCGCUAUUGCAUGACCGGUGUCACUACAACCAUGGCGGUCUUUGGUCCCGUCAUUACUGGGUCGAGCUGCAAAAGCACUUGACGAGCCUCGGAAGGGCAAAAGUAGCCCAAGUUGAUAAGAAUUUUGCAGCAUUUCCCCGAUGGCGAAAUUUGAAGCAUCCGAACCAAGUAAUGAGUAUUACAUUUGCAGACAGCUCCGUCCAUGAAGAUAUAUCAAAGAUGAUAAUAUAUGCUACGCACAACAUCCUAACAGAGGAAGCCUCUCCGCUUGGGUACCUUCUAGUUCGCUGUGUACGCCUUUACCUCGAGGUUGACAUGUACGCUGCCUUUGAGGUUCACACAACGAAUACCAUCAGCGAGGGCAGAAGCGCCAUUCAAGCCCUAACGGCAUUCAUGAAACAAUAUAUCAUGGCAACAGAGGAGGAUGAUAAAAAUUGGAAUUUUCCAAAACUCCACAUGAUCACGCAUCUAUUUGACGAUAUAGAGGCUAAAGGGGUCACAAGGAACUAUAAUACGAAGCCAAAUGAGCAAAUGCAUGGGCCAUUGAAGGAUUGGUACCAGCACCGGACAAACUUCAAGAACAUCGCAGAACAGAUUCUUCGUAUAGACCACUGGCUACUCGUUGCGGAUGAUAUCCAUCGUCGAAUCUUUGACUUGGAUGAAUACGUAAUAUCACAACGCCAAGCAAACGACAUCGACGAAGAUGCCAAUGAAGAUGAUCCUGACUCCGAGGUAUUGACGAACCCCAUAAGACAUGUUUUUGGCCCUUUGGAUGGGUCUAUGCAUGUGAAAUUCGGGUCGAGGGAAGCUCCGCAGACCUUUGGUCUCAUUGAGAAUUCCCACAAGGAUGACAUCGCGUUUUCCAACUUCCAUGUUAAGCUGAACUCGUUUUUAAACGUAUUUCUACCUGCAAGCAACAUACCCCUACCAGAUGGGAAGAGAAUCCAUCUCUUAUCAACUCACACAAUCACGACAUGUCGACUGUUGCGUGUCAACUACGAGUCAAUGGUGGACUGGCGACAAUAUACCGAUUACCUUCGGUGCAAUCCAAAGUUCUUUAAUGCACCACGUUUCGAUUGCAUGUUCAUCCAGACCAACCAAAAGGUCAUCCUUGGACGCCUGCUCUUGCUUUUCGAGUGCCCAGUUGGAGACAAUGUAUUUCCACUUGCUCUCGUCCACCCGUAUGACGCUCCCAUAGGUGUACGACUUCGAAAAGACAAGCACCUUAACCUUCUUAGAGUUCGAGCAAAACCGCGGGCACAGGCAGAGUUUUUCUCCACCAGGUCUAUCAUCCGCGGGGCACUUCUAGUGCACGACGAAAACCUCGAUUACUUUGUUGUCGAUACAGUUGACACAGAUAUGUUCCUUCGUGUGAAGGAAAUGCAUCUGCAGGCAGGGCAUGUGGUGCGCAUUUGA